ACGGUUGCACAGGUAGGGAAGCGUCCGCCCCGGCUCUCUGCUUGACGGGUAGAGUGUUGUUCAACCGUUAACGAAAGUAGCUGGUUAAAGGGGGCAGGUUUUUACCAGAAUCAGCAGAGUGUAAGGAAAAUAAGGACAGACUCAACCCUGUUAAAGCCAUGGCUGGACCUGUCAGUCUGGAGCUGGAUCCCAUCUUCCUAAAGGGGCUGAGUUACCUGCACUCCAAGAGUAAAGACUCCGCUGAGAAACUCAAAGCUUUACUAGAUGAGUCACUGUCAAGAGGAAGUGACUCAUCUUACCGUUCAUUACAAAAAGAUAUAGAAGUGUCCAAGGGGUCUGUGUCAAAACUGAGCUUAAGUAAACAGGACUCCAAGUCCUCCUCAAGUUCUUCAUCCUCCAGCAGCAGCAGUAGCAGUAGCAAAUCCAGCUCGGAAAAGAACAAGAAAGAGCCAGAGAAGAGACCUGCUGAGAAGGUCAGGGUUGACUUGGGUGAGGUGGAUCCUCCGAAAAAGCCUCGUUUGGAGAAACAGGAGAAUCGUUCUUCCCCAAUUACCGUUCAGACGAGCAAAGACCUCCUGCCAAACAUAAAUGACUACGAUGAGACCAAUGCCGAUGACUUUGCCAUGGAAAUGGGCCUGGCUUGUGUGGUCUGCAGACAAAUGACCGUGACCAUGGGGAACCAGUUGGUUGAGUGCCAGGAGUGUCAUAAUCUGUACCACCAGGACUGUCACAAGCCCCAGGUGACAGACAAAGAAGUGAAUGAUCCACGGCUUGUGUGGUAUUGUGCCCGCUGCACCAGGCAAAUGAAGCGUAUGGCCCAGAAACCGCCACAGAAGCCCUCCCCUGCAUCUGCAUCAUCAGCACCUAUUGUAAAAGACACACUGGUGAAAAAGACAGAGCUUAAAGCCAAGCCUGACACAGCCAGCACCUUCCAAGCCUUCAAAAGAACAGAAGUGAAGGCAUCCACAACAUCAGCCAAUCCCACCAGCAGCAGCUCCUCUUCCUCAGGCAGUGGUCUUACAGGCUGGGCUGCAUUUGGCGCUAAGACAAACCCAUCUCUUCCUGCCAGCUCCAAACUAGGUUCCUCAGGCCCAAGUGGGAGCCACAAGACCUUGACAACUCCCUCUGGCCAGAAACCUGUCGGGCUGUCUGGGCUAGCAGGAGCCAAGUCAGGACUUGGGAGUGCAAAGAUACCUGGGAGCGGCAACGGAAACGGCUCUAGCCAGGUGCCUCUAAAACCUCCUCCACCCCUGACUCUGGGUAAGCAGCCACUGAACCGCUCUUCGAGUGGUGAAAGCCAAGGGAAAGGGUCUUCUUCAUCAGGGGCCGGCUCCCCAAGCGGCUCCCAGGCAAGUGGAGGAGGGAAUGGAGGCAACAACGGAGGAGGGAACGGGAACAAUGGGAAUGGGUCAAAGGCCGCACCAGGGGACAAAGCACCAACUUCCCAAGAGUCCCAGCUUAACGCCAUGAAACGGUUACAACUGGUGAAAAAGAAAGCAGCGCAGAAGAAACUUAAGAAAUGAGUAGAGGUAGAGGGAAACCAAGAGGGGGAGGAGCUGUGAGGGAGUAGGAAAACAUGCUUAAACAGUGUGGGAUUAGUGCCAGAGCAUUCUGUUUGUAAUCUGUACACGAGUAACACCAUCCAGUCAAAUACUUGAAUCUUGCUUUGUGUAAAUGCUGCUGGACUGUGUACCUUGUUCUGUCCAAGUCUAACUGUUGAAAAAGUCAUUUUUUUAUCAACAAACGUCAUUAAAUCUUUUCUCAUUAA